UAUUAAUCUAAAAGCUAUUGUCGUCUUCAUUACUUUGACGUGCGCAAUGAUGCCUGCCUUAGAUACAUGGCUGCUGCCCUUUAAAGAUAGAAAUUUAAGUCAAAGCAAAGCUCUUCUUUUGCGUCUUGAAUGAAUUGAAUAUUCUAAAUAUUUCCAAGUUUAUUUUAUUAAAUGACUUGAGGCAUAAAUGAGUCUAAUCAUCUUGUCCCCUAGAGAAUGAUAGAUAUUCCCUUUUUAUGAUUUUCUUUCAGACAACACAUGGAUUUAACUCGCCUUCUUCUGAUUGCUUGUUUUCAAGUAUUUCAAAGUGGGAAGGGAGCUUGUUGAGCUAGCUCAAUGGUCAAUUAUUAGAAGAAUCUUAUCAAAAUAAACCCGCGUUUUUGUGUUGUUCUCCACCCACAUGGCAGCAGCACGUCUUUAUAUUUUAUCGGAUGAUUGAUUAGAGAGCACUUGGAUUGUAUUCUGUCAUACUCCUAUACCUAUUGUUUCUUUAUUUUUUGAUUGAUUGUUUUUGUUGAUCAAGUUUAAGGGGUUGGAUACUCGUAUUUCAAAGGGGAAGACAGAGCUUAUUGGGCUCAUUAUCUGUUCAGCUCAAUAAGAAGCAUGGCACAAGAGUAUAGAGAGCCGCUGUUAAAGAAGAAGUACCAUGAGAACUGCCCUGGAUGUAAGGUUGAUCAAAUGAAGGAGUUGCAGCGAGGCUUACCGCUUCGCCAACUCGUUUCCAUAUGGAUUGUUGUGCUAUGCGCUGCUCUGCCGAUAUCAUCUCUCUUUCCAUUCCUAUACUUCAUGAUUAGGGAUUUUCAUAUUUCGAAAAGGGAGGAAGAUAUUGGCUACUAUGCUGGUUAUGUGGGAUCUGCAUUUAUGCUUGGAAGAGCUUCGACAUCUGUAUUAUGGGGAAUAAUUGCUGAUCGUUAUGGUCGAAAGCCUGUUAUAAUCAUGGGAACUAUUACAGUGGUUGUUUUCAACACUCUCUUUGGCCUCAGUGUAAAUUUUUACAUGGCUGUAACUACAAGAUUUCUUCUUGGAAGUUUGAAUGGCUUACUUGGACCAAUAAAGGCAUAUGCAGUUGAAAUCUUUCGAGAAGAACACCAAGCCUUAGGCCUAUCAACUGUUAGCACAUCAUGGGGCAUAGGACUGAUUAUUGGCCCUGCUCUGGGAGGUUUUCUAGCUCAGCCAGCAGAGAAGUACCCGAAUAUCUUUUCCAAAGAUUCUCUGUUUGGAAGAUUUCCAUAUUUCUUACCUUGCCUCGCUAUAUCACUUUUUGCCCUGGGAGUAACCAUAGCUACUUUCUGGCUUCCGGAAACACUCCAUAAACACAAUGACAACGAUAGAUCAAGUGAUGAUUCGUAUGAUGCUUUGGAAGCUGCACCUCAUGAGUCUAGCUCAAAAGAAAUAACAGAAGAAGAUGAAGGAAGAGAAUCCACUUCUAAGCAGAGCCUCCUUAAGAAUUGGCCUUUGAUGUCAUCUAUCAUUGUUUAUUGUGUUUUCUCCCUUCAUGAUAUGGCCUACACAGAGAUAUUUUCAUUAUGGGCCGUUAGCCCUAGAAAGUUUGGAGGUUUGAGUUAUUCCACAAAGGAUGUUGGAGAAGUUCUUGCAAUCUCAGGUUUCAGCCUUCUAGUCUUUCAACUUUCCGUAUACCCAACUGUUGAGAGGAUUCUUGGACCUGUAAUGGUGUCUCGUAUUGCAAGUGUCUUAACUAUACCACUGUUACAAAGUUAUUCUUACAUAGCCCUGCUGUCAGGGUUCACUCUUAGCUUGGUAUUAAAUUGUGCAUCUAUCUUGAAGAACGUUUUAUCGGUGUCAAUCAUAACUGGAUUAUUCAUUCUGCAAAAUCGAGCUGUGGAUCAACACCAAAGAGGAGCUGCUAAUGGCAUUGCCAUGACUGGAAUGUCUCUUUUCAAAGCAGCUGGUCCAGCAGGAGGAGGUGCAUUGUUUUCUUGGGCAGAAAAGCGUCAGGAUGCUGCAUUUCUCCCAGGUACUCAGAUGGUUUUUUUCAUCUUGAAUAUAGUGGAGGCAGUUGGUGUGCUGAUGACAUUCAAACCAUUUCUAGCUCAACAUCGCCAGUAAAGAAAGGGGAAUCAAAUUUAUUUCCACCGGAAAGGUUGGGAUAGUAUAAUUAUGAGCAUGAUUCUUUCAUGGGGUAAUACAAUAUACUUUAUAGGUGGUAAGAAAUUACAAUAAGUGUGAUUGUAGUUAUCAAUGACGAUAUGCUCGGCUUCAGUUUUGUUCUAGAAAAGAUCAAUAAAAGAACCUACUAAAACCUCAUUGU